CCGACUUGUUCGAAAGCUGUUUUUAUAACUACACACGUUAUCAGCACACAACAAAAUUUCGGGAAUCAUGUUCGAAUGCAUAAGUUUCUUGUUCCUGGCUGCCUUGGCCUUCGUGGCCUGGGCCGUUCUCUGCUUCCAGCACUUCGUCCAGGUCCAGACGCGGCUCUCCUCUGAUUUCCGAGUCGAAUUAUACACAGAGCGUCCUGGGAUUACGUUUGAGCCGCAGCUGUGCCACAGUCCCUCAGAGCAGAGUAGCUCCGACAGCUCCGACAGCACCUACCAGUUUGCGACGAGCUUCGGCGUGAUCUUUGCCCUGACCUUUGGUCUGUCCAAGCUGCUCCAACUGGCGGAGCUGCAGGCCAAAAGGUAUUUCAAGAGCAAAAAGGCGCUGCAUCCCAAAUCUGCUGCCAAAGUGCAGGACCCAGUUGUUGAGCAGAAGGCGCCAAGCCAGCAGGACGAUUCGAAUCCCUUCGAUCUCCUGCAGGACCACAAUGAAAAUCUGAAGGAGCAGCUCAGUAUCCUGCAGUUGCAGUGUCUGGAAAUGCGCGAACUUCUGCACGAGCUGGAUAUCAGCAGUAGCUCCAGUAGCUAUGGAAGUGUCAGAUCCGGAAACCGGGUAGCAAUGGCCAAGUCCUCCGAAGAAUCAAUGGUGGUGUGGAGGCGAUCGGACUCCCUGACCGGUACGGUCUCCGGCUCAUUGCACGCCGAAAAGGUCAACUCCCCCUCCACACAAAACAUCUACAUUACCAACAGCCACUUCCACAUCAACGGACAGGUCUACCUGACCGAGAACCACGUGAACGUCGAGCUCACCCAGAACGCUUCUUUGUUCGGUCGGGGGCAGAGCGAGUUCCUGCAGGUGGCGGGAAGGUUCAUCUCCGGACCAAAGAAGAUGCCCAUGUUAACGGGCAUGCGGUGCCACAACAUCCUCAUAUGAGGAGUCUUCAAAAUCAUCCAUUUCACUCGGAAUAAACAAUGUUACUAGC